AACUUUAAUGGAAAACAGUGAUGAGCUUUUUUAGGAAAAUAAAUAGUCUAUAAUAUAUUCAGGCAGUCGUAUUUUAUAAUUAGAUUAACUUAAAUGUAUUGUAAUUAGAACAUCAUUUGAUACUCUAAAAGGCAAUUUAUUAAGAAGUAUAAUGUUCCCAUUGAAGCCUAAUUAAUUUUCAUUCUAAAAGUAAUCAAUGAAAUUCAUCAUUAUAUUAGGUUUUAAUGCACUCAUAGCUUUUUUAAUCACAAUACCUAAAUUUAUUGAACUUUUAGACUAAUAAGCUAUAUUACCUGUAGAUGUUGUUAUUAGAAUUUUAGAUCUGAUCACAAUUUCUGUUCCACCAGCUUUACCGACUUGUUUGGCUUUUGGAGUAUCUUUUUCUUUAAGAAGAUUAAAAAAAUAAAAUAUAUUCUGUAUAAAUCCUCCUAAAAUAAAUGCUUGUGGAAAAGUGAAAACAGUCUGUUUUGAUAAGACAGGCACUUUAACAGAAGAAGGCCUUUCUUUCAAAAGAAUUAUUUGUUAUGAAAAAAAAGAAUUAAAGGAAAUCGAGGCUUUAAAUCUGAUAGAAAUGGGUAAUUAUAUUCACAGGAUUAUUAUUUCUGCAUGCCAUACUAUAGAAAAUUUCAAUAAUGAAUUAAUUGGAGAUCCUUUAGAUAUUGAAAUGUUUAAAUAUUCAGGAUUUUAUAUAGCCGAAAGUGGAUAAAAUGGAUAAAUUUUGGUCGAGAAAAAUACUUAAAAGCUAAAAAUUUAAAUUUUAAAAAGAUUUCAAUUUUUAGCAGAACUUCAAAAAGCAAGUGUAAUAGCAGAAUUUGAAGGGAAUAAAUAUAUUUUUAGUAAAGGAUCUCCAGAAAAAAUAGUUUAAUAAUGUAAAUAAGAGUCUAUUCCUCAUAAUUAUAAGGAAGUACUAGAAUAAUAUACACUUUCAGGUUACAGAGUGAUUGGAAUUUCCUUUUCAGAAAUUUAAAAUUUUUAAGAAGGAGAAAAGCGAGAUUAUUACGAAAAAAAUCAUGUUUUUGCUGGUUUUUUGAUUUUUGAGAAUGAAUUAAAAGAUGUGACAAAAUAUCAUAUAAAUCUUUUGAAUUCAUAAAAUAUAAGGAGUAUAAUGGUCACAGGUGAUAAUCCUUUGACUGCAACUUAUGUAGCUAAGUAAUGCGAUAUCAUCGAAUUCGAAUAAUAAAGUAAUAUUUUGGAAUAUUUGAAUAAUGAGUGUAUUUUGAACAAUAAAAAAUUUGAAAUAGAAAAAAAAUUAGAUUAGUUAGAUGGAAAAUAAUUAACUGUUACAGGAACCUUCUUCAAAUAAUAUAUCGAAGACAAUUUUAAUUUAAGGCGUUUCAUCUUGAAAAAUACAAAAGUUUAUGCCAGAAUGACUCCUGAUUAAAAAUAAAAUUUAAUAAGUUUUAUUUAAUAGGAAAAUGAAAAUGUGCAUACAUUCACAGGAAUGUGUGGAGACGGUGCAAAUGACUGUGGAGCUUUAAAAGAGGCAGAUAUGGGGAUUUCUCUUUCAAAUACAGAUACAUCUAUAGCCGCUCCUUUCACUUCCAAAGUGUAAAAUAUUGCUUGUGUACAUCGUCUUUUAAGAGAAGGAAGGGCUUCUUUGUAAACUUCUUUUGAAUGUUUUAAAUAUAUGGCCUUAUAUAGUAUUAUUUAAUGUUUUACUACAACUAUUUUGUAUUAUUAGUAAAGCUUUCCUGCUGAUAAAUAAUUUUUGAUGUGGGAUUUAUUUAUUAUUUUGCCUUUAUCUUUUCUUUUAGGAAUGGGAAAACCAUCCUAAAAAUUAAAAAAAUAAACUCCUACUUGUGAGCUUAUUUCAGCUGAAGUAAUUAUCUCGAUUAUUGGUUAAAGUGCUAUUUAAUUAGGUGUUUAGCUUUUUACUAUAGGAAUUUUAGUAAAAUAAUCUUGGUAUAUGAAUACCUUAGAUAUUAAUAAAGAUUCUGACGGAGAAAUUAAUUAUGAUAAUUUAAGUGGUUGUUAUGAUUCUACAGCUUUAUAUUGGUAUUUAAAAAACAUUUAUAUAUAUAUAUGA